UGUGGGGGGACGACGUGUACCCACCCAAAAUCUGCAGCUGGAGACCUGGUGGGGUUUUCAAGCGUUUUGCUGCAGCCAAGGCGCCCGAUUUCCACAGGAAAGCACGAGGGCGGUGCGCAGCUACCCCUGGCAGACCCAGAUGUAACAUUUAGAGAGCGGCCGUGUGUUAGGGAUGGCGGAGGGGGUGGCUGCGGGAUGGGAGCUGGGGCUUGCUCACAGCCCACCGGUGAACGUGACCCAUCAGGUGACGUGUACAAGGGACAUAGACUUAUCUCCGGGGUUUCCAGCCUUCUGUUUGUUUUUUGGUUUUUUUUUUGUUUUUUUUUUUUAAGGAAGGAGCAUGAAGCUUGCUGCUGCUGUGGUUAGUGUGUGGUGGAGGAAUGCUGUGCCGUGUCUUAGGGUAUUUCAAAAGUCGCUUCUACUCGGUGCCUUUUUAAAAAGCAGCACACAAGCAAAGAUCUGCUUAUGGACUUGUCCUCCUCUGCCUGAACUGUGUCCAUUACCCUCAGCAAAGAUUCUCAGCAAACUCGGUAACGCAUGCAGAAGAGUCCUCAGCUGGUUGUGAAUCCUGAAUGAAGAGCAGCUGAGCUCACAUGCCCUGUGUUUCAGUGAGCUUUUUCAGGACUGGCUGGUGGUUUGCAGUCAUACUCGCCUGUGUUGUGGCCUGGACAACCCCCCAGCUCAGCAGCAUGAUGGUAGAACAAUACUUGGAUGGGAAGCCUUCAAAGGAGUCCUGUGUACUGCGAAAAGUGCAUUUAGUGAUUCAGCGGGAAGUGCUUUUUAGUAACGAAUCCAUGUCCUGGGCCAGGGCUGAUGUCAACCCUGUCAUUCUUCUUGUUGGAAGUGAAAAACGAUGCAAAGCCCUUUAUGUGAGAGCUGAGAUGACCCAAGAAAGCCGGAACAAGCAACCCCAAGACUACGCUGCGGGUGGUGACAGCUGAGAGCUGCCUUUCCCAUCUGCUUCAGCCCUCCACCAAGGAACCAUUUCAGCAGAAGCAUCAACCUCAUGUACUUCUUGCUGCUUGGCAUCCACAUUGAGAAGGCCUGAACUUCUCCACUUGUCGUUGCCCCAAAUCGUCUCUUCUCAUCCUGCACUCUGGCAUCACCUGUGCUACAGAAGCAUGCCACCGACGUAAAGAUAUCAAAGCCGCAGUGCCAGUGGAUUAUGACCGCAGGGGAGCUGUGUUGCAUCUGCAAAUCUCCGUCGUGCAUCAAGGGCACAUCUAAGCAGAGCCGCUGCACAGACUGAAGAGCUGGAGAGGACGGUGCAGAGGUUUGGAGGCACACCGUGAUGGUGGGAGCCAUUCCACGGCAGCCAUGCCGCUUCUGGGGGAUGCCCAUCUGGCAGGUGUCUACAGCUAGUUGUGCCAACGACCGCCUGCUGUGGGACAGGGAAGUUAAUCCGGAGUACAGUGGGGUUCUGCUGCAGAGGGACAGAACCUCAUGUGUUCCAGUUUGUGCCCAUUGCCUCUUGUCCUGUCACUGGACACCAAUGGAAAGAGCCUGGCUUCUUCUUCUUUGCAUCCCUUCAGAUGCGGCACUGCAGUGCACCCCAUAGCGGAGGGCUCACCCGGACGUCCUGAGCAAGGGGGGUCCAGCUCCCACCCCCUGCCCUCGCACCCUGACCUGUAGCACUUUACAGUCCCCCUUCUGCUGCUGCAUGGGCUGUUCUGACUCCGGCUCCACUCGGAGUCCAGGCAAGUAAGGCUCCAUGCGGCACAUCCACGCGGAGACGUCCCUGCCCCCGGAGCACACCACGGACCCCAGCCUGUCCCGGCCCAGCGGAGAGGCACCCUUGGAGCCUUCCUCCCAGCACUGCACCCACCGUGGCAUCCUGAUGGGCUACAACGAGACAGAGAUCAAGCGCCAGAAGGUUUACCAGGUCUCCAUCUUCUCCCAUCUCUCCAGCUCCUCCGAGAGCACGGAGCAGCGGGCAGGCAGCCGGACAGCCGUCAAGAGGGGUUACCCUGAGCAGCGAACUCCGGAGGGGGGGCGAGAUCCGAAACGAACUCACUGGGGUGGGGGGGUGGUGGACAGCAAACGUGAUGGGGGCCCUGGGCAGGCUUCCCUGGACGAUGAUGAUACCUUCGAGGAUGGUCUGCUGGUGGGAGAACUAUCCCUGUGCGGCUCUGCCCAGCACUUCUCCCACAGUGGGCUGCGGGUGGUGGAGCACCGGUGUGAGGGCAGCCCCAGCCCCAGCCCCAAGGCCAGCAGAGAAGACAAGUCGCAGGAUGUCUCCUCUUCUUCCUGGCCCCAGCACAUUGCUUGCAGUACUUUGCACACGAGAGACAGUUGUCCUGUCUCACCAGGGGAUCAGCCCACUUAUCGUGGGGAGAAUGGGGAGCAGGCAAGUGGCCACAACUUACUUCACCUUGAUUUGCACAAUAUUGCACAAAAAGCCCAGAUGGACUCUGGUGGGAAGAGAGAGAAGCCAGGGAGCAGCCCAGCUCACAGCAGCAAGGCUAGCGGAGAAGAGGAAUGGCCAGUGGUGGCCAACGGGCACAAGGAGCCCCCAGCUCCGCAGACGGCACUCAGCCCUGCCAAAAGGAUGCUGCUGCCUGCUGGUGAGGUUGUGACCGACUCCUGCUCUGAGGACGAGAGCCUGUCCCCACCGCCAAGGAAGAGGGUCCUGCCGUGCCAUCCAGUGCCCACGGCCUGCCGCAGCACCGAUGCCAAGGGGGCCCCGUUCUGGAAUCACCUGCUUCCCACAGCCAAGAGCUCUGCGGAUUGCACUGCGGUCGGGAGGAGGCUGAAGAGCGGGCUGCGCCUCAAAUCGCGACAUCUCCGGAGCAGCCUUCGGAGGGGUACAAGGUCCUCUGCAGCACCCUGGACCACCACCACCGUCAGCCAUGCUCUGCUGGGCAACUUUGAGGAGUCCAUCCUGAAAGGACGCUUUGCGCCAUCAGGGAGGAUUGAGGGGUUCACGGCAGAGAUCGGUGCCAGCGGCUCCUACUGCCCCCAGCAUGCCACCCUGCCUGUUGACGUCACCUACUUCGACAUCUCCGAACACAGCGUGCCCUCGCCUUUCCUGGGAGUGAUUGACUUGGAGGCCUUGGGAAAGAAGGGUUACAGUGUCCCCAAAGCUGGAACCAUCCAAGUGACCUUAUUUAACCCCAACAAGACUGUGGUGAAGAUGUUCUUGGUGACAUACGACUUCCAGGACAUGCCAGCCAACCACAUGACCUUCCUACGCCAUCGCAUCUUUCUGGUGCCUGUGGGGGAGGAGGAAGGGGCCACUGUCCCUGCCAGUGACCCACCGGGCUCCGGCCCACCUCGCAGGGUCCUCUGCUACCUGAUGCACCUAAGGUUUCACAGCUCCAAGUCGGGGAAGAUCUACCUUCACGAUGACAUCCGGCUGCUUUUCUCUCGCAAGUCGAUUGAGGUUGACUCGGGGAUUCCCUACGAACUGAAAUCCUUCACGGAGAUGCCGAGGAACCCCUGCUACUCACCCCGGGCCUGACCUCCUCCAUCCCCCAGGGCCACCGGGAAGCCUCCAGCCCAGCACUUUGGGGAGAGAUGAGUAAAGGGCCAGCAAGCAAGCACUGCCUUGGAGUAUUGCCCUCCCUGCGCACCCCCGUCCCCCCGAGCAGCACGGACACUGUGCCCGUGCCCUGCAGCAGGGCUGGGAUCACCAACGGGGCUUCACCAGGAAGGGCGGGGGCCGGAGAGCAACCUCGGCACUCCAGGGACAUGCCCAAGCCUUCUGCCGGUGCUGCUCCCAGCUUAGAGACUUGGCUGUAGC